AUGUCUUCAAAUAAAUCAAUAGAAGAUUUUAAAGACUUUCCACCGAUUCAAAAAGCAAUAAAAUUAUCAACUUCUUUAAUUUGUGAUCAGAAUGCUCGAAAUGUUCAAGAAUGUCUUGACCAACUUAAAAAUUCAAUAUAUAGUCAAUUAAUGGAACCUUCUAAUGAAGAAAAACCACAUUAUUGGCCAACUCUUUGGGCACAUAUGAAAUUUUGUAUGAACGAUCUUAAAUAUUGGGAAAGAGGAGCAGGUCAUCCUGCUGAUAGAUUAUCGGAUUCUUAUAUUCGGUUAGCAUUAUUACGUACCUUUUUUGAAGUUGGUGGAUUAUCUAAAAGUAAACAGUUAGAAGGAAUAAUAACUGAUAUUUUGGAAAUACAAGCAACUAUUGAAAGAAUGAAAGAUACAAAGUUUAAUAGAAAUUAA